CGAUAUGAGAUAUGAGAUUUGAGAAAAUAUAUACAUUCAUACAAUUUCAAUUAUACGUUAUACAUAUCUGCGUGAUUUUCAAAAGGGCAACAUAUGGCAAUGUAACGUCAGGAAUCUAUGUCGAAGACAAUUAUGUCCAAAUGCUCUACAAACAAUGCAUCAAUAUUCGCAAUCCAACAAUAGCAAUAAUAGGUCUCCCCUUCUACGUAUGUGCAGCGCAAAUGAUGGACUUGCAAGCACGCUUCGUAUUGAGCUACUUCUAUGGGCCCAAUAAGUUGCCUUCGACACAAGAAAUGCUAGAAGAUACAGUCGAAACCAUGAAUAAACGCUGGCAAGCGGGAUACAAGAAACGACAAGCGCAAGUGCUUGGAAGCGAUCAGAUGAACUAUUACACGGAAUUGGCAAAUUCAGAACAUUCAAUGGUAGUGCUUAAGCUGCAACUCAAAAGUAGUAAAAGCUUCCUUGAAAACUUGCUCAAUUUUCGGGAAGACGUGUUUAAGAUUGAAGACACCGUAACAUUUGUGCAAAUAAACUAAUU